AUGAAUUGCAAGUUUUUUGGUGCUCUCACAUACACAGUCAAUCUCAAUUUUCAUGGCGGAGAACUAACUAAGAAAGAAAACGAACAACAGCUGAAUCAAAUUCGAAUCGCUCUGUUAAAUCAGGUCCUGCAGCUGAUCAAUGAUGAUGCUGUUCUACAAAGUGGCAUGUUCGUUGUCAAGAAAAUGCUGUCCAACCUCUCUUUGAUGUUUAUGAAUAGCAGUGGAACAUGGUGCAAUCCUCUGUUAACGUUGAUCAACUGCAUCGUGUGCAACCAAGUUUCGGACUCUAAUAUCGCUAACGACCAAAUCGAUGAGGCCUUGAGCCGCCUUCCGUCGCCAAAAGCCUAUGUCCUCUUGCUUUUCGUCCAAAUCUUAGCGGAGGAGUUGGUCAAGAAAGAAGCGACGAACGUGUCCAAUGUACAAACCCAUAAUUUAGUCCACCAGCACUUAUUUCCAACAGUUCAGAAGUUGAUGACGGCUUUUAUCAAUCUAUCGCCAGAACGAAAACUCAUAGAAACAUGGCUUGACUGUCUCGUCUCGUGGGUGGGGUAUGCCUCAAAGGCUGAGUUUGAUUCCACAGAACGCUAUGAUCUAACAGGUCUUCUCUCAAUAUGUAUCUCGCUCGUCACCAACACAGAUUAUGCCAUCUCUCAGAAGGCCAUUGAGACCCUGAGCGAGGCUUUAGAAACCAAUGCUACAUUUUUCAAUAGCCAACUAAAAGCAGAUUUGCUAUCGAUUUUAUUUGGCGAAGUUGGCCUUCAAUAUGUGAAUUACUUUAGCUCUCAACAAGACGAGAAAAGUGUGGCGGACUUUGCGAGGCUGAUAAUUGCCUUUUUAGACACAGAUUUGAAUGCAUUAGUUCUAAAACUCACAAACGAUGAGAACGAGUAUAUUUUCGAUUUCCUACUUGUCCUCACAGACUAUCCAGGAAUUCCGAUAGAAGAGGAGUCAGUUUCCAGAGAGUUGGCCGACUUCUGGCUUCGCUUUGCAGACUACUGUAUAUGUGAGGAUACUACUCUCCAAACGCUUCUGCAUGAUAAGCCAGGUGGUCACGAGGCUCUUUCUGAAAAGAUCAGGGCCUUAUUCGAAAAAGUCACCCAGAUAUAUUGGAAAAAAGCGCAUGUUCCUGAAGAUGAAGAAGACUUUUCGCAGUACAAGCAAGAGUUCGCCCUCUAUAGAAGAGAUAUCGGAGAUUUGUUUGAGUCUGUGUACCCAUUGCUCAAACUUCCGCUGAUAAUCAGUCUUCUAAUAACCAUAGAAAAAAGCAUACAAAUAGGGAAGCCGGCAGAUAUUGAGCCAUCUUUGUAUCUUGUAACUUAUAUUUCCAAGGAUUUCGGGGACGGAGAGGUGGAUCCUCAAUUGGUGCAGCACUUGGGCUCGAUCUUAGAUGCGAAUCUUCUGCCUAUCGUCCUGCAAAUGAAAACAGAUCGCUUCAGGUAUCUUGUUAGUACCACAAUUCAAUUCUUUUCGAGCGCAGAUUGGUUUUACAAAACAGAUGCGGCGAUCAAGUACCUGCCUCAAAUAUUGAGCUUCUUGUUUGAUUGCAUGAUCAACACAAACAUAUAUCAGCUUUCGAGCUCAAAAGCUAUCUCGAAUAUAUGCAGUCAAUGCAGGUAUUCUCUGAUCGAGUUUUUGCCUAGUUUUGAGACUAUGACCACGGAGAUGAUCAAUAACAUAGCUAUCGAUCCCGUUGUUAGGCAGCGCAUAAUUAACGCAUACGCCUCUAUAAUAGAAGGUGUGAAGGAUCCCGUGAUUCAAGGCGAGCACCUUUUCAAGCUAUUCGAUCUUUUGGACAAGAAAUCAGUGUCUGUAUUUGCAGAACUGGCCACAGCUAAUGCAGAAGAGCGCGAAAAAAUGGUUGAUUAUCUGACAAGCCUGAUGAGCUCUGUCAGUGCCGUUGGGAAAGGCAUGCAACUACCAGACGAAGUAGAUGGAUACUAUACAAAAGAACAAGAGAUGAAGGUGCAUGAAUAUUGGACCACAGAUCCUUUGGGAAUACAUUCCAAAUUAUUGACAAUCAUUACAAACUUCACGAUGACCAACGAAGUUUUAUCAGAGAACUACCAGAUAAUUGAAGAGGCUGCUAAUUUGUUCAAGUGUGGGCUCACGGAGUCUCUUCCUGGGCCUUUUGUGUUCGACUGUGCGACCAUUUUGCAAUUCAUUGUGACAAAAUUUAGCUCAUUGAAGAAGUCCCAUGCAUAUCCCCUUCUUUAUUCGUUACUGAAUUCGGUGGUCACAGCUCACUACAGGACUUUAGACCUCGAGGUCCUACAUGGAACGGUCAACACCAUAUUUCUGUCAAAUCUUCCAGUGAUUGAAGACGAUCCAGAUCUUGUUCAAUCGAGUCUCAAUCUUUUCAGCACGAUGCUCACUACAAGGCCCUCUUUGUUACUCUCAAAUGAAAACCUGCUCAUGACCGUGUUAGAAUUUGCGUUCAGACACUUGGGAUCAAAUGAGCGAUUUGUUCUGAAAGCACUCGAAAAGUUCUGGACAAGGUUUAUCACUUUGAGAAAAGGAGAUAGGCAGGACACGGUGAUGGUCAAAAGACUGUUCAAUGAAACUAAGUUGGGCUACGUGCUAACCUUCAAUGUGCUGAAGUAUAUGUUUGCUACGCAGAGAUCAAAUUUGGAGACUUUCAUCGAGAUCAUUAAACAGCUCGUGGCUAAAUAUCCCUUGAUGAUGAACAAGUGGCUGCAGGCAGCAUUUCCAAAGCUCAACGAAGAAAGAGAGAAAAAGAUCGAAAACUGGGAGAUUUUUGUGAAGAAAGUGAUGCUUACCAGAGGUACCAGAAGUGCAAAUGAUUUGAUCAAAGAUUUUUGGCUGGAGGUAAACGGGUUGAUCAAUUAUAAGUAA